AUGCCUUCGAAUAAAGUACAUAUAGGAGAUCUAUCAUCUCCCCAAACCAGAUCUUCCGGACCCAGCAAAAGACCAAGUUCCCAAUCGAUCGCUCCAUCUGACACAACUGCCAUAUCAAAAGAAUUCCUUCGACAAUAUCAAACCCGAUCUAAAACAGAUGACGAGUUUAAUAAUCGAUGUAGGGGCCAAAUUGAUAAGAUAUUCCUAAUUACUGAUCUUUUAUUAUUGGGUUAUGCAAAAGAUGGAAAAGAAAUUGCCGGGAUUUAUGAAUCAUUGGAUCCGGAACUACCUACCCCCCUGAUGACUACUAUUAUAUCAUUGGCUAUUCAGUUGAAUAAAUCACGUAUGUUGGGAAUGAGGGUUAAGACUGAUGCAAUUGAAUCUACAACUCUGCGACUAUCUGAGAGAAUUGAGAAGAUGGAGGAGGAAAAAGUUAGGAGAGAACAAGAGUUGGAUGAAAUACGAAUGGGGUUUUUAAGAAAGGAAACGGCAUUGAUUAAGUCAUAUUUGGAGACUAUGGACUCUUUAGGAAAUGAAAUUGAGGAAUAUAAAACCACGAAGAAUAAACAAGUUGAAAAGCAAUCUUUGAAAUUACAAUAUUUGAAUUUUAAAAUAUUGUAUGAAAUAAUGUUUCAAUAUAAAGAGAAAGGAAGAUUGCAAUUUAUUCAUCAACCAAUAUUGAAAUUAGAGGAGUUUUUGGGAUAUAACAUAUUGGUCAUAAAUCAAUUUCUUGAAAAAUUGAUUAUAUUGCAAUGUCAUUUAUCUUAUUUGUUUAGAGUUGAAUUGCCUCAUUUACAUGAAUUAAUUGGAUUCUUACCCAAUGGCAAAUUUUACGAUUUGAUAAAGAAGAAACAAGCCAUGAUACUAGGGACAACAGAGGAAGAAGAGGAAGAUAAUGAAGAAUCAAAGGAUAAACCGUCAGAAACAUCAAGUCUGAAAGGACCCAUUCCGGAUACAACACCAGAACCUCCAAAAGACAUUCGGAACCCUAAAGAGAAGUUAAUAAAGCUUGGAGAUGCAUAUAAAUUACCAUUAUCAGCCAAAACAUUAAAUUAUCAACGGCGAGCUAGGCGAAUUUCAUCUAUCGAUCCAAGUGAAUUAAACAAUAUUCCUAUACUUAAAGAAAGAUCAUUGUCGCCAAACUCGACAAUGGCUGCAAAUAUAUCUUCUGCAACUGCUAUCCCAACUACUGGUUCGACAACUGGUCCCAAGAAACACAUGAUAAUUAUCCCGCAUAAAAUCAUUAACAAGCCAUUCAAUAAGCUUUCAAUUAAAGAGUUUCUCAAGUUCCUAUUGGUGAUAGUGAAAGUUAUCACCAAUUUCCAAGUAUUCCUAAUGUUCACAACCAAUGAUAACCAUGACUUAUCACUUGACGAUUGGUGUAAUUUUGAUAAAUUAUUACGAGAAGUAGUACUUAAUCUCGAUCAAUUUUUCAAUCAAAGAAUGAAUGAACUCGAAAUGGGGAUUUCUAUACCUAGAAGAGGGAUAAAUCAUGUUGGGGAUGGAUAUUCUGAUACUACUAGUUUCCAAAUUCUAAUGGAACAUGUUUAUGAAUUAUUAAUGGAAUCUUCAAUUAGUCGAAAACAAUAUAAUCGGCCAAUGGCAUUACUGGAUUUAAAGUUACGUGAUUUGAUUUUAAAUCAAACUAAAUUGAAUCUAAGUGAAGAAUGGGAUAUAGUUAGUGAAAUGAUAUAG